GUAACUUGAUGUAUCUGGUGUGAACAGCCGAUGACACACACACACACACACAAACAGUCUCGGCCUCUCCCGGUACUGUUCCGGUGACUCUCCUGCUUUUUUCGGCUAAACCAGGCUAACGUCCAGAACCGGACCGAACCCGGCCCGUCCGCUCGGUUCCUCACAGUGAGUCGUGGUCCAGGUUCUGGUUCUUCAUCCGUGUCUUCAGGCAGCCAUGUCCGGAGGACAGACGCUCGUGCUCGUCCUGCUGCUCGCUCACCGCGGCGGCUCGUUCAACCUGGACGUGGAGAACCCGUCCGUGUACUCCGGACCGGAGGGGAGCUACUUCGGCUUCUCGGUGGACUUCUUCAAAACCCCAGACCACCAGAAGUCGGACGUUCUGAUUGGAGCUCCUCGGGCUAACACGUCCUCCGGCAGCGUUGUGGAGAGAGGCGCCGUGUACAGCUGCCCCUGGAAGAACUCUGCCGCCUGCCAGACGCUCGACUUCGACAGCUCAGGCGACCGGACCAAUACAGAAGGCUCUCAGAUGGAGUUCAAAUCCAAACAGUGGUUCGGUGCCUCAGUCCGGUCUGAUGGAGAACACAUCCUGGCCUGCGCUCCGCUCUAUCAGUGGUCCACCUUCGGCGUCUCUGAGCGCGAGCCGGUGGGAACGUGUUACCUGAAGAAAGCGGACACCGUGGUCGAGUACUCUCCCUGCAGAUCAAGUGCAAACUCACCUGAGGGGCAGGGCUUCUGUCAGGCCGGCUUCAGCGUCGACUUCCUGAAGAAGAACAACAGGGUGGUGGUCGGAGGCCCGGGCAGCUUCUACUGGCAGGGUCAGCUGAUCUCUGAUGACGUCUCUGAGAUUUUCACCCGUUUUGAGAAUAAAUACAUCACCCAGUACGCCAACACGCUCGCCACCAAGUCAGCGGGCGCCAUGUAUGACGACAGUUACCUUGGUUACUCUGUGACAGUCGGAGAUUUUAACGAUGAUGGAAAAGAAGAUUACGUGACCGGCGUACCUCGCGGGGAGAAGGCGCUGGGUUACGUGAACAUCUUCAACGGCCUGAACAUGGAGUCUGUGGUGAACUUCACGGGAACACAGAUGGCUGCUUACUUUGGACAUUCUGUAGCUGCCACUGACGUCAACAAUGACGGCCUGGUGGAUCUGCUGGUGGGAGCUCCUCUCUUCAUGGACAGAGUGUCUAAUGGGAAACUGAGGGAGAUGGGACAGGUGUCCGUGUACCUGGGUCGUGGUGGAUUCUCCUUUCACCCGCCUCAGAUGCUAACAGGGUCGGACGUUUACGCCCGGUACGGCUCUGCCAUCGCAGCGCUGGGAGACCUGGACAUGGACGGAUACAACGACGUAGCCAUAUCAGCUCCUUAUGGAGGCGCCGACCACAGUGGUUUGGUGUACAUCCAUAAUGGGCGUCCUCAGGGUCCUGACCCGUCUCCGUCUCAGGUCCUUCAGGGCCGCUGGGCGUCCAGCUACAUGCCGCCCAGCUUCGGAUACUCCAUGACCGGAAACACAGACAUAGACCAGAACGGAUAUCCAGAUUUAAUAGUGGGAGUGUUUGGAGCAGACAAAGCUGUUUUAUACAGAGCUCGUCCAGUCAUCGGUGUGAACGCCACGUUAGACAUCACGCCUCAGAUCAUCAACCCUGAGGAGAAGACCUGCAAGCAUCCCAAGACCGGCACAUACGUGUCCUGUUUCAAGGUGAAGUACUGUCUGAAGGCGAGCGGCCGAGGAGCUCCGUCCACUCUCAAUUUCCGUGUGGACCUCCUGUUGGACCGGCUGAAGCAGAAGGAGGCGACGAAGCGGGUCCUCUUCCUGCACGGACAGACCUUCAGCUACUCCAAGAACAUGGUGGUGUCCAACGGGCGGGGCCCGGCCUGCGAGGAGCAGCACGUCUACCUGAGGGACGAGUUCCGGGACAAGAUCACGCCUAUCUCCGUGGCGAUGGAGUACAGGCUGGACUACCAGCUGGCUGCAGACCGGACCGGACUGCUGCCCAUCAUCGACGUGUCGGUGCCGUCCAACGUCACCAAGCAGGCUCACAUCCUAUUGGACUGUGGAGACGACAACAUCUGUAAACCCGACCUGAAGUUAUCAGUGGAGAGCGACCGUCAGCAGAUCUACAUCGGCGACGACAACGCUCUGACUCUGAAGAUCAGCGCUGAGAACCAGGGAGAGGGAGCCUACGAGGCCGAGCUGCACAUCUACCUGCCACAGCAGGCCGACUUCACCGGGGUCGGCCGCGGGGAGGCUCUCAGCAGACUGUCCUGCGCCUACAAGACGGAGAACCAGACCAAGAUGGUGGUGUGCGACCUGGGAAACCCCAUGAAGGGAGGAACCAAGGUGCUGGCAGAGUUGCAGUUCAGUGUUCACCAGCUGUCGGAGGAGGACACCUCUGUGAAGUUUGACCUGCAGAUCGUCAGCUCGAACCAGUUCAACAACACGAGUCCUCGAGUGUCCAGCGUCACCAAGCUGGCUGUGCUCGCCAGAGUGUCCAUUAGAGGCACGUCGUCUCCCGGUCAGGUGCUGCUUCCCAUCGCCAACUGGAAACCUAAAGUUCCUCCUCAGGUCGGAGACGACAUCGGACCACAGAUAGUUCAUAUCUACGAGCUCCUGAACAGCGGGCCCAGCACCUUCAGCAAGGCGUCUCUGGAGGUGAAGUGGCCGUACCAGUUCAAGAACGGCUCGCUGCUCUACAUCACCAGCUACGAGACGGAGGGACCGAUCAACUGCACCACAGACACCGAGAUCAACCCGCUCAACAUCUCUAACCCGCUGUCCUCGGCAAAGAACAACACCAUCCCACCCAGAGAGCGUGAGACCGAGGGACGGAACCGAAACCACGUCCGCCAGAGAAGAGACCUGGAGUCAAGAGACGCACAGAGUGACCUGCAGACACUGGACUGCGUCACAGCAGACUGUCUGCUGCUCAGGUGUCAGGUGGGUCGACUGGAGAGGAGGAAGAACGCCAUCCUCUUCAUCUACUCCAGACUGGCUGUGGACAACUUCCUCAGGACUGAGAAUCAGAAUCGUUCGUACGUGGUUCGAUCUACAGCCACCUUCAAUGUCAUCGAGAUGCCGUAUAAGAACCUGGUGUCAGAGCUGCCGUCCAAUAGUACAACUGCGAGUGUGUCGGUGGUGUGGGUGGCGGAGUCUAGUCCUUCGGUGCCGGGUUGGGUCGUGGCUCUGGCUGUGCUGGCAGGACUGCUGCUGCUGGCGCUGCUCAUCUUCAUCAUGUACAAGCUGGGUUUCUUUAAGCGAGUGCGCCCCCCGCAGGACGACUGCACCGAGAAGGAGCAGCUGCAGCCGGAGGAGAACGGCAACGCGGACGCCUGAAGAGCGCCCCCUGCUGUCUGUGCAGGAAUAUUCAGGGGUUCAGCAGGACUGACCAGCUCACGUUCAGUCGGUCCAAACGAAACAAAGACUUCAUGAACCGACUGAAAGACGUGAAGUCUGUCCUGCUGUGUGUGUGUGUGUGUGUGUGUGCUGGGUUUGAACUGUUUAUGUAAUACCACUGUCUGUCGUUCCUCUGCCAUGAGAAAAUAUUUUUGAUGUAUGUAUUCUUUCACCUAGAGAAUAAAAAUUAACUAUUUCAUAAGAUGAUUUCACAUUUACGUUGAAAUAAAAAAAUUUGUUCACAUUUUA